AUGUCAAGAAUAGCGUGCGUCUGGGCUGAUUUCCGCGAUGACGCCGCAGCAAACGACUGGUACGAGAACAGGCAUAUACCCGAUGUCGUCGGCCGUCUCGAUACGCAAGCGCGCAAUGCCGAGCCAGUAGAAGAUAACACGUUCAAAGAGGUCGAACAAAUUGAGGGCGCCUUCAUGACCGUCUACGACCUACCCGAUGGGAAGGAUGCGAAAGAAGUGGACGCGCAAAUCCAGCCCGCAUUGGAUGAGCUGCUCACAAAAGACGCGCGAUUAGAUGCGCGCAUUUACGCGGAGCAUGCGAAUUGGUUUGGGUCGGAAUGGCGAGGCGAUGUCGAGGAUGUUCAGAUGUGGAUUGUAGUCCUGUGGCAACCUGCCGAAGCCGUACAUGACGAAUUCGUCAAAUGGUUCACAGAAGAAUUCGCGCCUGGCUUGCUUGAAUGCCCAGAACUCCUCCGCACACGCGUCUUCAAGCUCGAGAACGCUUCGUUAGUUCAGGACCAAAAGCGCGAACAACAGACACUUAGCUCAAUGUACCAAUACAUGACGUUCUGGGAGUUCGAUUGCGAUGACCUGCCGUGGGAGCUACUGGUGUAUCUGGGGAGCUCGGAGCGGUGGAGAUAUUAUGUCGAGGGUAAUCAUCUGAAAUGGCAGAUCGGUCAAUUCCUAGUAAACAGGAUAUAUCCCGAGGAACAGAGCGCGGACUCACCUGCGACGAACCGAACGAGCAUUAUCCUGAAUGGAGGGUCGAAUAGAGAUGGGCAGAGUGAUUCUGAUGAAGACGAUGACGAUGAUGUGAACGCCGAUCCCUAUAUAUCACGCUGAUGGGUUGGGAUGAAAGAUAGGCUGGUUCUUAACUUCUGCCAGACCGCUUAGCGCGUCAUUUAGAAAUACCCCGUACUUGUUCAAUAUACUUCGCGUUGUUU